AUGAAGAAAAGAUCGGGUCUUGUGUUGGAUGCUGCAUCACUGGAAAAUUACCAAAAAGACAUCCAAUCGUAUCAAAUAAAAAGCAAUAAUUCCUUGCAGUUGAGGGCGUUUUAUUUGAAUGAAUCAGGCCUAUUUACAAAAGAUGGUCAUCAGUUACAUGGUACUGUGAAUAAGGAUGAUAUAGAUUUUUCGACUAAACGUAGCAUAGGCCGCGGGGUCAGUGGUGAUGUUUUUUUUGUUCAACAUAAAGAUGGCACUCCAAUAGCAUUAAAGCGGAUUCCUAUAUCGUCAAAAACGCAUCGCGAUGAAAUUGAUAGGGAGCUUCAGUUCUUCAACACACGAGUUGAUUCUCCUUUUGUUAUGAAGAACCAUGGGGCCUACUGGGACGCAGAGGAUGGGGCGAUUGUUAUCUCAAUGGAAUGGAUGGUCUUCACGGUGAAGGACCUCGGUUUUUUUUGGGAAGGACUUGAAGAAUCUAUUCUCCAAGGUACAUUUUUCCAAGUGGUGUCAGGGCUUCUUUAUCUUCAUGAUAAAAAGAGGGUUAUCCAUAGGGAUAUCAAACCAAGUAAUUUGCUGAUCAACAGUAAAGGUCAGGUAAAAAUAGCUGAUUUUGGAGUUUCGAAGCUUAUGCAGACACUGGAUGUUUCCUCUACCUACGUUGGUACGAUGUACUUUAUGGCCCCUGAAAGACUAGAGCAAGGGGCCCAUGGAUUCAGCAGUGAUAUAUGGUCUUUGGGCCUCACAAUGGUGGCUACUAUAACUGGUAAAAAUCCUUGGGCACCUCCUGAGAAGAUGAAUCUUUUUGAACUGCUUAAAAAAAUUUCUGGUGACAGUGUUCCAACGUUGCCCCAAAAGCCAGUUUAUUCGGAUGCAGCGCAGGAUUUCAUUAAACGAUGCUUAACGCGUGAUCCCAAUUUACGACCGACGUGUGCAGAGCUUUUAAGACAUCCUUUUCUAAAGGACAUGACGGUUGAGGUCGCUAUCGAGAAUGUGAGGUUAGCAGUUGAAUACAUGUCGCGUUUAAUUAGCAGUGAUGCCAAAAAGAAUAAGCAUGUGCAGCGGUCGCAGGAAUCUAUACAAAGGGAUAUGGAUGCAAAAUUGGAUAAGCUAGUAUCCUAA